AUGGCUCCCAGAGAGGAUCUCGUCACCUCUGCCGUGACCUUUCUUCAAGAUCCCUCUGUUGCCUCGGCGCCGCUGGAAAAGCGCAUUGAAUUUCUCCAGUCCAAGAACCUAACUCAAGAGGAAAUCGAUCUGUCUCUCGCCAGAGCCAGCGUUCCUGCCACAUCCUCCCAGCCCGCUCAGAAUGGAUACUAUCCUCCCCCGACCCAGCAGGUCCCUCGCGGUCCUCCAUCACAACGCUAUCCAUAUCCCUACAAUCCAUACGGCGAUCAAUGGCCACAGCCACAUCCUCCACCCGAACCUCCUCGCCGGGACUGGCGCGACUGGUUCAUCAUGGCUACCGUAGUGUCCGGCGCCAGUUACGGCCUUUACAUGCUCGCACAGCGCUACAUAAAACCUCUGAUUGCACCUCCAACCCCUGAACAGAUCGAGCAAGACAAAGCGUCGAUAGAUGAGCAAUUCAACAAGGCAUUUGCUCUCCUAGAUACCUUAUCAUCCGACACGGCCGCGCUGAAAGAAGCGGAGGAGCAGCGCACACAGCGCCUCGACAAUGCCAUUACAGACAUCGAGACGAUCGUGGCGGACCUCAAGGCUGCCAACAUGCGCCGGGAAGACGACGCGCGUCGCAUGGAGGCCGAGAUCCGCACAAUGAAAGACAGCCUCCCACGCAGUAUCGAGAGUGUGCGCGACGCCAGUGAGAAACAACUCAAGGAACUCGGCGCUGAACUCGGCAGCCUCAAAGUCCUCAUGGGUAACCGCCUGGGCGGCGGUGCGAACAGCUUGACACCGAAUAUCCCCAGAACACAGCCUGGUGUCCUGCCCUCGUCGAACAGUGCUGCAACCACACCAGGAGCACCGCCUUCUGUUCCCUCCGGGGCCGUCCCACCUCGGCCGUCGUCGAGUUUCGAAGACCAAGGAAACCCAUACGCUCAACUUAACAGGCCGCCGCAGCCUACUACGGGUCGACCACCUAGUGCGGCCGAGUUCCGAACCGCCCUCACCCAGAGUAUGAAGGAUAAUGCGAACAAAGCAGCCAUCCCGGCGUGGCAGAUGGCUGCGGCCAACAAAGCGAAGGAGGCCAGUGCGGGCGCGCCAACUACAAAUGGAGCAAGCAGCAGCAGUGAACAGCAGCAACAACAACAGCAACAAGAUGGCGCUGAUGCCAUCGCGGCCCUGAAUGCAAGCUAG